AUGCAGCCUAUACUAGUUCACUAUUGUCACUGCACUUACAAUACGCCUGUUCCCUACAGUCCUUCGGUCUUCUCUCAGAAUAUAUCUUGCUCACACUGCGGCUCCAUAUCAACUGGCAUCAACGUUCGAGCAAAGGCAGAAGAAGACGCAAACAUGCAGCAAGACGAACUCACGCAGCUGUUCUCAGCCCACAUGAACCUUGCCCAAGCCCCGCCUCAGCAAGUACCGCAACCUCAAGUACAGGAACAACCUGCGCAACAGCAAGAGCAAGCAGAGGCCCCCAAACAGAUCAUCUACGCCUCUCAACACUAUACUCACACUCAUCACGUUAUAUCUUCCCGUAGCGUUUCCGAACCACCGGUCAAGACGCACAUCGAUUCGUCAGACCUAGCUGCCGUCCUCAUGCGCAACAGCAUCGACCCAUCCCUGCUUUUCCCCUCCCAAAUUGACCUUUUCCAAAAUGCAGACGAUGAUCAACGCUUACGACUGCUUGAGCUGUGGCGUAUCUCGCCUCCACAAGGUCGUCAAGGCUAUCCAUCAGGUACAGACUACAAUAUGUCACGCCAACUCUAUGACUGGCCGCCAACAAGCCUGGCACAAGAAGAGACUAUGGCUAAGCUGAGAUACGAGAGAAAUCAAGAGUCUGCACAGCAGGAGCAUAUUAAGCAACACGAGCAGCAGCUAGAACAAAGUAUGGGUGUGGGCAGCACAUCACCCAUCGCGCAGCACGCAGAGCCAUACAUGGCUUCGGGGUAUGAGAUGAUGGCCAGGCGGGAGUAUGAAGACUCUGCACGUCCAGCAGAGAACCCUUUGAAAGAGAGCAACAAAUACAACCAGGCAACAGACCCAGUGUAUAACUCUGCUGGCAAUAACGGACUGUGGCAGAAGAAUGUUGGUAGUAUCUUGGACAUGGAGAACAACUACGGGGCGUACGCUUACGCUAGAGAGAACGGGUUUCAGCCGAUGCAUGGUGAUGAAGAGAUGGUCAUGUAG